AUGGAGAACUCGAGGACACAUUAUGGUAACUCUGUACGUAAAUGGUAAAUGUUAACAUUGUUCUGACAGUGGCUUGUAGGCACUCGCCACAUUCAUAUGCCCUUUUGAUUGCCACUUGUUUGUCAUCCUUGUUUAGGGCUUUCAUCAAGGAGCAUGGGCUGGAGGACCAGGUGGAGCCAGGUUUUACCAAAAGAAAUGGGAAAACCUCAAACAGAAAUAUAAGGUAAGUGGAGGUAUGACAAACACUUCAGUAUUAAGGUUUCGCACCGAUACAGUGAAUGCUUAUGUUUUUAGGUUCUACUAUAUAAUCUGGCUAUGUCAGAGUUCAAACAGUCAGUGUGAAAGGGACCCAUGUUAUCAGAUUAUCUUUGUUUGUGUGUCAUUUGUUAGGAACCCAAGGCACCACCAACAGGGGUCAGCACAGAGGGAGGAGAGGCCACUGCUGCAAACAGGAAAUGGUUUAAUAUCAUGGAUGAGGAGAUGAGGGACUGUCCCACAAUAUCACCGCCCAACCUCAUCACCUCAUCCAUGACACCAGCAUCAGUGGCCUCUCCUCCAAAUCCAAAUUCUGAGUCUCCUGUGAGAGGAAGGAGGACAAAGGAGUCAAAGGAGUCAAGGAGCAGAGAGUGGUUUCAGGAGUGGAUGAAAGACUUUGAGGAGAGGGAGGAUGAAAGGAUGCAGCAAAUAGAGGAACAGGAACGUCAGGCAGAGGAGAGGAAGAGGCAGGAAAAGAGAGAGAUGGGGGAAAGAUGGGCAAGAAGAGAGCGAGAGUGGAGGGAGGAAGACAGAAGCAACACAGACAGAAAAGAGCGAGAAUGGAGAAAGUGGAUAGUUAGAAGAGCAAUGGAAGAAAGGAGAGAGAGAGAGGAAAGAGAGAGGGAGAGUAGAGCAAGAGAAGAACGAUGGAUGAAGCUGAUUAAGAGACUGUUUAAUUCCAAAUAA